UCAAAAUAACCUACCAUUAAAUAAAACCAAACCCCACCAAGAUCUCACCCUAAAUCCUUCCGCCUUCAUUUCCAGAUCUUCCUCCCUUCAAUGGCGCUCCAAUUCCAAUGCCUCCAGGUAUUCUCCCCCCUUUCUCCAGUAGCUACAGCACGCUCUCCCUCCUCCUCACGCUCCCCAUCCCUUGUCAUCGCCUCCUCUAAAUCCCACACUGCACCUCUCCUGGGCCGCAAGCUCCGAGCGGCCGUCAUCGGCGGUGGCCCUGCGGGAUCUUCUGCCGCCGAAGCUCUGGCAGCUGGUGGCGUCGAGACUUACCUGUUCGAGCGCAGCCCAUCGUCUGCCAAGCCCUGCGGCGGUGCUCUUCCUCUCUGCAUGCUUAGCGAGUUCGACAUCCCGGCUCAUCUCAUAGAUCGCCAUGUUACUCGUAUGAAAAUCAUCUCCCCUUCGAAUAUCGCCGUCGACUUCGGAAAAACCUUGAAAGCCCAUGAGUUCAUACCCAUGCUGCGCCGCGAAGUGCUUGAUUCCUUCCUCCGCGCCCGCGCCCAGUCCAUCGGCGCUAAUAUCAUCCACGGACUCGUGCUGAAUCUCGAGGUCCCUGCCUCCUCUAACGCACCGUAUGUCGUGCAUUACACAACCGAAAACUCUAUGCGAUCCUUGGCCGUGGAUGUGGUGAUCGGCGCGGACGGCGCCAAUAGCCGAGUGGCGAAGUCGAUAGACGCCGGAGGUUACACGUGCGCGAUCGCGUUCCAAGAGAGAAUCAAAUUGCCAGAGGAGAAAAUGGAGUACUACGAGAAUCUGGCGGAAAUGUACGUAGGGAACGACGUGUCGCCGGACUUCUACGCGUGGGUAUUUCCAAAGUGCGACCAUGUGGCGGUGGGAACGGGGACGGUGUGCUCGAAGCAAGACAUAAAGCAGUACCAAAGAGGAAUCAGGGAAAGGGCAAAGAGUAAGAUAAGUGGAGGGAAGGUGAUUAAAGUAGAGGCACAUCCAAUACCGGAGCACCCGCGAGCUAGGCGAGUGAUAGGUCGGGUGGCACUGGUCGGGGACGCGGCAGGGUACGUAACGAAGUGCUCCGGGGAAGGCAUAUAUUUCGCUGCAAAAUCCGGGAGAAUGUGCGGGGAGGCAGUGGUGAGAGCAUCAGAAGGAGGGGAGAGGAUGAUCGGAGAAAGGGAUCUGAAGAGAGAGUACCUGAGAGAGUGGGACGCCAAGUACGUGGGGACGUUCAGGUUCUUGGAUCUGUUGCAGAGAGUGUUCUAUGGAGACAACGCCGGAAGGGAAGCAUUGGUGGAGAUGUGUGGGAACGAGUAUGUGCAGAGAAUGACUUUCGAAAGCUAUCUAUACAAGAAAUUGGCAGAGGGAAACAGAGUGGAAGAUGCAAAGUUGAUGUGGAACACCAUUGGGAGCCUCGUAAAGUGUGGGAUUGUUGGUAGAAGAGAGAGCGACAGCAUUGCUGCUUUUCUGUAAUUUCUUUCUUUGCCUUACCUUUUCUUUUAUGUGAACCCAGUAGCUGUAUGUCUGCAUAUCACAUCAAGUUCAAUACCAAAUAUUGGGUUUAACAUA